UCCUUUUGAGUUCUGGACCAGAAGAAAUCGGGGAAAUGGCGGAUCAGUUAGCAAGGGCUCAGGAAUUCGAGGCGAAAGCAGAAAAGAAGCUUAAUAGCUGGGGAUUGUUCGGUUCCAAAUAUGAGGAUGCUGCUGAUCUCUUCGAUAAAGCCGCCAAUUCCUACAAGCUUGCUAAAGCAUGGGAUAAAGCAGGCCCGACGUACAUCAAGUUGGCAAAUUGUUACUUCAAGGUGGAAAGCAAGCAUGAAGCAGCCCAAGCUUAUGUUGAUGCUGCUCAUUGCUAUAAAAAGACAAAUAUAAGUGAGGCUGUAUCUUGCUUAGACAAAGCUGUUAACACUUUCUGUGAAAUUGGAAGACUCAGUAUGGCUGCUAGAUAUUUUAAGGAAAUUGCUGAAUUGCAUGAGUCUGACCAGAACAUUGAGCAGGCUAUGGUUUACUAUGAAAAGGCGGCUGAUUUUUUUGGAAAUGAAGAGGCAACAACUUCUGCUAACCAGUGCAAGCAAAAAGUUGCUCAGUUUGCUGCUCAGCUUGAGCAAUAUCAGAAGGCAAUAGAGAUUUAUGAAGAUAUAGCUCGCCAGUCUCUGAACAAUAAUUUGUUGAAGUAUGGAGUUAAAGGGCAUCUUCUUAAUGCUGGCAUUUGCCAACUCUGUAAAGGGGAUGUUGUUGCUAUCACCAAUGCACUAGAGCGAUAUCAGGAAUUGGAUCCAACGUUUUCAGGAACACGGGAAUAUAGACUUUUGGCGGAUAUUGCUGCUUCGAUUGAUGAAGAAGAUGUUGGGAAGUUUACUGAUGUUGUCAAGGAGUUUGAUGGCAUGACCCCUCUGGAUUCUUGGAAGACAACUCUACUUUUGAGAGUGAAGGAAAAGCUGAAAUCUAAAGAACUCGAGGAGGACGAUCUCACCUAAAUUGUUUGCACUCUGUUCUCGUUGUUUGAAUCAAAUGUCUGAGGGGUUGCAUUGUAUUGUCAUAUGCUUAUUAUACGUGCAGUUGCUUGUGGGUCUACUCAUAAAUUGUACUUUAUAUUUGGGUAUCAUUUGAAGUGGUGGUUUGAUUGAAUUCAAGAAUUGAGUUCGUGAGUUUAUAUGUUUCUGUUUUGUGUUC